ACGUUCUGAACCUUCAAAUGUCAAACAUGACUUUAUAUUAUAAUGGGAUUGAAGUUCCAUCACUGGGUACAACAGAUUAUUUCAUUAAACUACAAACACAGAUCGGAAAAGAAAUUAUAGCCUAA